GUUAACAGACCCGAAGGGCUGGGCUCAACUAGAAUAGGGGGACGGGUGGGUCUAUCCAAAUAAUUCGGGUUUUUAUCGCUUUAAAACCACUUGUGUUCAAAAUCUUAGAAUGCGGUCCACUUCCUGCUGCCUGACAAGUCAUGUUUAGCUCUAAGGUCGGCGUUACAUUGGGACUAUAUGGCCGUAAUGCUAAUGUUGCCGUGCAGUAAAUGCCCGGGUUUCUAUAGCGCUGUUUUUUGUGGUAUGGUCCAGUUGGGACUGAGAACCUGCGGGUUAAAAUAGGGGGGAAUUGAGUUUAUUAUUGAUUAUACCAACUAGGUUUCUGAAUGAGUUAACGGUGUCGCGAUUUUUACGGUGGCUUUUGUGCCGACAUGCGGUUGUUUUUAAACACCGUUUCCCGGGCGGCCUCGUGAGCAAACGUUAACCGCGUUUUCCCUUGUACCCCCGCUGAGAGUCUGGUCCUGUGUGACAGCUCUGAACAAGAAGUGAUACGUCGCUAUAUUUCUGGCGUGCGUGUCAUGUCAGACAGAUAUAGCUGCGUCUGGAGACCCAAAAAUACGUGUUGCAGAAUGCACGUGGGGUUGAAUUCAGUGCAUCUUUGCUCAGAAAUGGCUGCUGCGGUGCCUCAGUGUUGCAGUCAAACCGCUGUUCAGCGUCGAGUGCAUAGUAUGACUUUGAUAAAGCUGUAACAGUAGAGGCUCCAUCAUCCAUUCAUGCGUCCCUGGCUGCCUCAAGAGCAAAGUGAUAGGGUGACGUGGUUGGCAACAGACCUGGCACUGUGCUGCCAUGGAGACCAAACAGGAGCCAUCCGCUGUGUGGAGUCAGACAUCUAACAAUGAUUCAGACAACGGCACACAGGUGCAUUUUGAAGGCGGCACAGUGGCCCAGAUAGUGUACAGUGGCGAUCAGGCGGAGCGAGGACAGCAGCAGGUGGUUUAUACAGCAGACGGGAACUCCUACACCUCUGUAGAGUCGGCAGAGCACACGCUGGUUUACAUCCAUCCUGCAGAUGGCACUCAGACUGUAUUUGCUGAUCAGCCACAAGUGGCUUACAUUCAGCAGGAUGGUACAACGCAACAGGUCACAGUUCUGCUGCCCAGUGGACAGAACAUGAAUGCUGCCAAUCUACAUGUUCUCAGUAAUGUAGCAGAGGCUCCCCAAGCUAUCCUGGAGACAGUUUCCCAGGAGCACCUGUCUGUGUCCAAUUCGCUCCCCUCCUCCAUGGCUGAAAUGGCGGACCCCCCCAGCAGUCCCCUCGGGGCCACAGACUCCACAGAUGAUUCUGACGAAGAUGAGGAUGAAGAUUCUGAGCUGGAUGACUGGGAACCUCGUCAGCCUCAGUCCUUCAACCCUCACAGCCUCUGGUGUGAGGAGUGUAACAUUGCCAACCCGUCUGUGUGUCUGAAGCACGGCCCUCUGCACCCCAUCCCCAACCGGCCCGUCAUGUCCAAGGCCCGGGCCAGUCUGCCUCUGGUCCUCUACAUCGAUCGCUUCCUGGGCGGGGUGUUCUCCAAGAGACGCAUCCCUAAGCGCACACAGUUUGGUCCUGUGGAGGGACCCCUGGUUCCUCAGAGUGAAAUGCAGGACCACUACAUUCAUCUCAAACUGUGCAUGCUGGAUGCGGAGAAAGAUGGAGAGAAGUCUGAUGACACGUGGCUGGACCUUUCUGACGAGGACAGCUGUAACUGGAUGAUGUUUGUGCGACCGGCUCAGAACCACCUGGAGCAGAACCUGGUGGCCUACCAGUACGGCUCGGAGAUAUUUUACACAACCAUCAAGAACAUCCAACCCAAACAAGAGCUCAAGGUGUGGUAUGCGGCAUCAUAUGCAGAAUUUGUCAAUCAGAAGAUCCACGAUGUUACAGAAGAAGAGAAAAAAGUGCUCCGGGAGCAGGAGAAGAACUGGCCUUGCUAUGAGUGUAACCGCCGCUUUGUGAGCUCUGAACAGCUGCAGCAACAUCUCAACAUGCAUGACGACAAAGUACACUCUGUUACCAGAUCCAGAGGCCGGGGGCGAGGCAGAGGCAGGAGGAGAUUUGGGACAGGAAGAAGACCGGGGCGGCCCCCUAAAUUUAUACGCUUGGAUGCACCCGUAGACGCCGGUGGGGACAAGACAGAGAUUAUGGAACUGACAGAGAAGGCGCUGGAGGAGCAAGUGGAGGGAGCUCAGAACGGGAUGAAGGUGGUGGAGAUGGAGGUGGAGGCCGGGGCCGAGGGCCAGCUUCUACCCCCUGCAGGAGAACCAGAGCCAGAGUCGGUCACCCCGUCCUCCAACACGGCCCUGUCGGUCCCACUAAAGGAGGACCCUGCACACAGCAGCCCUUCAGACAGCCACCUCACAUCUCAGGACAUGCGCCGUGCCAAGAGGAUCCGGAUGGAUGUACAGAAUGCAGCGCUGCAGCACCUUUUCAUCAGGAAGAGCUUCCGUCCUUUUAAAUGCACCCACUGUGGCAAGGCCUUCCGGGACAAAGACAAGCUGGAGCAGCACCUGCGGGUCCACGGCCGCGACGCCUACGCCUUUUCCUGCCACAUUUGCAGCAAGACCUUCAUGAGUGACUCAGCCCUGGAGGACCACCUACUGGUGCACACGGAGAACCGCUCCUACUCUUGUCUCUUGUGCCCAGAAACCUUUGAAAGGCUGGACCUGCUCAAAGACCACGUAGGGGUGCAUGCUGUGGAGGGCUGCUUCACCUGUCCUUCCUGCAAGAAGACAUUUACGGACUUCAUCCAGGUAAAGAAGCAUAUACGCUGCUUCCAUUCAGAGAAGAUCUUUCAGUGCUCAAACUGUGAAAAGGCCUUCUGCCGGCCAGACAAGCUGCGUUUGCACAUGUUGCGCCACUCUGACCGCAAGGACUUCCUGUGCUCAACAUGUGGCAAACAAUUCAAGAGGAAGGAUAAGCUGCGGGAGCACAUGCAGCGCAUGCACAAUCCUGACAGAGAGGCCAAGAAGGCUGACCGAAUCCACCGCUCCAAAACCCUGAAACUGAAGGUGCCCACCACCGACUUCGAGAGCUUCAUGUUCAAAUGCCGAGUGUGCAUGAUGGGGUUCAGACGCAGAGGAAUGCUGGUCAAUCAUCUGUCCAAGCGUCAUCCAGAGAUGCGUAUCGAUGAUGUGCCUGAGCUCACGCUGCCAAUUAUCAAGCCCAACAGGGACUACUUCUGCCAGUACUGUGACAAGGUGUACAAGAGUGCCAGUAAGAGGAAAGCACACAUACUGAAGAACCACCCCGGGGCAGAAUUGCCUCCCAGCAUCCGGAAGUUGCGUCCGGCUGCUCCUGGUGAGCCUGACCCCAUGUUGAGCACGCACACACAGCUGACUGGCACCAUCGCCACUGCACCCGUCUGUUGCCCACACUGUGCCAAACAGUACAGCAGCAAGACUAAGAUGGUUCAGCACAUCAGGAAGAAGCAUCCAGAGUUUGCCCAACUGGCAAACACCAUCCAGGCGCCUCUGACGGCAGCUGUGAUCAGCAGUGCUCCUGCAGUCAUCAGCGCAGACGGCACUACAGCCGAGGCUGUUGUGACUACAGAUUUGCUCACCCAGGCCAUGACGGAGCUUUCUCAAACCCUGACCACAGACUACCGCACAGCGCAGGGAGACUACCAGAGGAUCCAGUACAUCCCCGUGACUCAGGCGGGAGGCAGCCUGUCCCAGCCGCAACACAUCCAGCUGCAGGUGGUGCAAGUGGCCGCGGCUUCCUCCCCACAUUCCCAGCACCCGACAGUAGACGUGAGCCAGCUGCAUGACCCUCAUGGCUACAGCCAGCACUCCAUCCAGGUCCAACACAUCCAGGUCAAUGAGGCCUCAGGCACUGGACAGGGUGCCACUCAGCCUCUAAGCCCCUCCUCCCAGCAGCCCAGCCAGGAGCUGAGCCCCACCCAGCUGUCCCCCGUGACGUUAGCCCAGAACCACAGCCUGCAGAGCAGCAGCACCCAGCAGCAGCAGCAGCAGCAGGGGGCAGUGCAGCACGCAUACAUACCCGGGAACUGGAACUACCGCGGCUACUCGUCUGAGAUCCAGAUGAUGGCUCUACCUCACACGCAGUAUGUGAUCGCUGAGGCCAGCACACCUGUAUCUGGAGUCAACAGCAACCAGGUGAAAACGGCACACUACGUGAUCUCCGAGGGUCAGACCGAGCUGGAUACCAAACCCACUGGUCCCCAGAGCGCCCCCCAGGCCCACGCCGAGCACCUGGAGCAGCAACCGGCCAAUCAGCAAGCCACCACGCAGUACAUCAUCACCACAACCACCAACGGCAGCGGCACUAGUGAAGUUCACAUCACCAAACCCUGAGGUGUACAGCGAUGAGCACCGCGGACCCGGCACCGACCCGCGGACUGACCCUGCA